CGGCCUGUACGUUACUGAGUUUAUCAAAGGACUGCAGGAGCUGUGGAGAGCCGGUGAGGCCUGCGGAGCUGAAGCCGCGGUGUCGGUUCCGCUGCGGCGCCUGAUGACAGUGCGUCCCUACGCGGUCACACUCUGAUGUUUCAAUCGAUUACCUUGACAAUGGCAAUAACAAGAUGGCAAUCCAGCAGGCUGACAAACUGCUGAAGAAGCACAAAGAUCUUCACUGCGCAAAGGUCUUGAAGGCGAUCGGUCUGCAGCGCACAGGAAAACAGGAUGAAGCCUUCACACUCGCACAGGAAGUGGCCGUUCUCGAACCCACAGAUGACAACUCCCUGCAGGCCCUGACCAUCCUCUACAGAGAAAUGCACCGACCCGAGUUAGUGUCCAAGCUUUAUGAAGCUGCAGUCCGGAAAGUUCCAGCGAGCGAGGAGUACCACUCUCACCUCUUCAUGGCUUACGCCCGGGUCGGAGAGUACAAGAAAAUGCAGCAGGCUGGAAUGGCACUGUAUAAAAUUAUCCCCAAAAACCCUUAUUACUUUUGGUCGGUUAUGAGCUUGGUGAUGCAGGCCAUCUCCGCACGAGACGAGAAGCUCUCUCAGACCAUGUUCCUGCCGCUGGCUGAGCGUAUGGUGGAAAAAAUGGUAAAGGAGGAGAAAAUCGAGGCAGAAGCUGAGGUCCAGCUGUACUUCAUGAUCUUGGAGCGUUUGGGGAAAUAUGUGGAGGCGCUGGAGGUGGUUCAGGGGCCACUUGGAGAGAAGCUGACCAGUGAACUGCAGAGUCGUGAGAACAAAUGCAUGAUGAUGUACCGCCGUCUGGAGCGCUGGGCCGAGUGCAACGCACUGUCCUGCAAGCUGCUCCUAAAAAACCCUGAUGACUGGCAGUUCUACUUAUUGUACUUUGACUCUUUGUUCCACCUCAUUGAUCAGAGCUGGACGCCUCCACAUGAAGGAGCUCAUUCUGCAGAAGGAGAGGUGCAUGCCUCCAUAUCCCAGGCCCUCAGCUUCAUGGAGGACCGAAUAGCCACAGAAGAAGCGAAGGAGUCCAAGCAUCUUAGAGGGCCGUACCUGGCCCGUCUGGAGCUCAUCAGACGGCUCCGGGAGCGCAGCUGUCCUGAAGCACAGCAGCUAGGUGAACCUCUUGAACUCAUGUUCCAGUUCUUUGUCAAGUUUGGAGACAAGCCAUGUUGCAUCACCGACUUGACGAUCUUUCUGGAUCUUCUUGCACCUGACCAAUAUGUGCAGUUCAUCAACAGGCUAAUGGAGGCCGUGCCUCUGUGCGCUCCGGGAGAGGAUGGUGUUGCUCUUCCAGGAGACACUCGAGCUCUUCAGAGACAUCUGUGUGUGACCCAGCUGAGCCGCAGUCUGGGUCAGCAGCACGCGCUCAACACCGAGGGCAAACUGAGCCUCAUCAAACAACUGAAGGCACAUUACCAGCACGGCUUACAGUUCGGGAAGUCGUGUUUAAAAACCGAGCUCCAGUUCUCUGAUAUGUACUGUCUGAUGGCGGCUCAUGUCUUUAUAGACCUGUGGCUGGAGACGGGUGAUCAGAACGUGUUGUGGCAGUGUCUGGGGCUGUUAGAGGAAGGUCUCUCCCACAGUUCCUCUAACGCUCAGUUCAAACUGCUGCUUUUGCUUCUGUACUGUCGUCUGGGGGCUUUUGAGCCGGUGGUAGAUCUUUACUCCAGUCUGGACGCCAAACACGUCCAGCACGACACCAUAGGGUACUUAUUAACCCGCUAUGCAGAGUCUUUGGGUCAGUUUGCUGCUGCUUCCCAGUCUUGUAACUUCUCCCUCAGGUUUUUUCACUCGAACCAGAAAGAUACCUCAGAAUACAUUAUUCAAGCAUACAAGUACGGUGCUUUUGAGAAAAUCCCAGAGUUCAUCGCCUUCAGGAACAGACUCAAUCACUCGCUGCACUUUGCCCAGGUGCGCACGGAGCGGAUGCUGCUGGACCUCUUCCUGGAAGCCGACAUAUCGUCGUCUCUAGAGGAGAGUGUAAAAUCCAUGUCUCUCUGUCCGGAAGAGGAUGACAUCCCGUGGGACAGUUUAAGGGACAACCGUGACCUGACUGUCCUCGUGAGCUGGGACCCUAAGGACCGGCAGCUGAACGAUGAGCACAAGCAGCGCUCUCUAGAGGAAGACACCCUGUGGCUGAGGUUGAGGUCGCUCACGCUGCGUCUGAUUGGCUGCGUCUCUGCGCUCGCUCAUCCGCCGGCGUCACGCAACUCUGAGAAGACGACUGAAAAUGGAGUGACGGCCAAACCGUCUUCUCUACAGUCGCUGCUCUCUCAGCUAGAAAACACACUAAACCAGGCCACGCAGUUCACGGAAAAACAACCGCAGCAUCAGUACCCGUUCGUGGGUCCCGUGGCGUCUCGUCUGGCUCAGGCUCUGUCCAGCGGCUGCUGUCAGUGUCAGCUCUCCUCUCUACAGAUCCCUCUGCACCUCCAGGAGCUCGAGGCCACCGGCCUGGAUGAAUCCGCAGAGCUUCAGACACAGAUUUCUAAUCUUUUCAAAUCCUUAGCAGUACAACUUCAAGACAUGUUGGAAAAAUGUAAAGGAGAUUUAUUAGAAGUCAAAGACAGUCAAAGCAAGCCGCAACCAUUUUUACUGGAGAAUCACGUCUACUUAGUUGAAACUGUUUGCAUCGUCUUAUGGGUGUCUAAUUACUGUGGAAGUGUCCUCCGACCCUUGAAGUCCAGUUUACAGAAGAAGAAGAAGAAGAAGAAGAAAGAAGCCAGCACUGUAACGCCUCCGGUGCUCUCGGCCUAUCAGGAGUUCAGCAGCAGCUUGCAGAGUCUCCUCAAUCAGGCGCUGGAGCACAUCAAGAGCCAAGAGAUCAGUCUGACGGCGCUGAAGCUGGGAGCCCUCAGUCUGGAGGGACAAACCCUGUCUGAGGCGGAAGCGACCUUCACAAAGACGGCCAUGGAAAAGGUUCAGAGCAGCUACCUGCGCUCGCUGCAGGAGAUCGGGGAACUGUUGAAGAAGAGAGCGGACACGUUAAAAUCCCUCAAAAUCUGAGCGCGCCCUCGAUCCGGUCCUCGGCCCCUAACGCAUCCUCCCGUCUCAGUCUGUGAACUCCGCUGGUCUCGUCUCCUUUUCCUAUUUAUCCGUCUCAUUACAACGGCUUCAGCACAGACAUCAACGGUGCUCUGCACAGCACUUUUAAGUGGAAACGUAACCUUCAUGUCCCUAGCCAAAACUACAUAGGCAAAUGAAAACAAGCAAUUUUAGAAGUACUGCUAUAAAUUAUUGUACAUAGUGUGAAGAGAGAAGGAAUAUCAACGAGAACUCCUUGGCAAAUUAAAGUGAACUACUUUUGUCUUUUGUGUCGAUGUCUUGCGUUAUUGUCUCUGACUUCCCAGUUGUAAAACUUGCGAUCGACGGUUCGUUUGCAGACGAUUCUCCAAAGCAAAACGGGCCCGAACAAGUAGCCGACUUCCAGACUGACACCGUUUACGAUGCACAACCAGCCAAGAGCUACGCUUAGUCCCGAGGAGAUUUUGCGCAAAUUUUUGACAAGGUGGUGCGAGCAUCCAGAUGCUUCUUCGUAUGUUACAAAUGACUUUACUUGAGCCACUUUUAGCCUUCCCGUCUGUUUGAUUGGAAUCGCCAUCGUAUGAAACCAAUCGCAUUGAGUUCUGCUUGGGGCAAGUUUGUUAACGUGAUGGUUAAAGACGUUUAUUCAAUCAUGUUUAGUCAUUAAUUUUUAUGCUUCAAAUGAUUUGAUUGGUUGUUUACUUCAAAAAAUUGUGAUUGCACUGAUGAUGAGGGUUUUAUAAUUGUUGCAUACCGAAAAUUAGCCUUGCAUUAAAGGGAUAGUUCACCCCAAAUUGAGUCAUUUACUCACUCGUGUCAUUCCAAACCCAUAAAUUCGUUCAUCUUCACAACAAAAAUAAUUGUUUUAAUCCAUUCUGAGAUAUUUCUGAUCCUGAAAGUCUUUUCAUCCAAAACACAGAUGCUUUAAAACAUUCAUUUUUUAAUAAUUUUUUUGUUCAUAUGAAUCGAGCAUUUUAAUGCAAGUUUUCUGAAUAGACAGGAUUGUUUUAUAUGAUGAUGCACGAGAACGAAUCUCAUUGGUUUGUUCUCGUGCAUCCAAAUGUAAACAAUGUUUUUGUGAAUAAAAGCCUAAAAUAAAACCGUUAAUCUUCAGGAGAUUUGGAAUAAACUCGUUCAACGGAUUUAUUUUCACGAACGUUUUGUCUGAAUAGGAAAGAAACAGCUCGGCUUUGGUUUAAAAACAUUUCUUACACGUUUGGAAUAACGUAGGGGUAACUUUAAAUCAUUUUGGGGUGAAAUAACUCUUCAGAGUCGAAGAAAGGUUUGUAUACGACUGAUUUGUCGAUGUCUACCGGGAAGUGCAACUUGUUUACAAUAUUUCCGAGCUCCAGUAUGAAUCAUGUAAUGUUUCUAGCGUGUGUUAGACGGUGUGCUGAAAUCUACGAGUUUUAGACCUGCACUGGGAGGGUGGAAAGAUGCUUUUCUCUUUUUUAUUGUUAUUUUGAUCCAACACGACGGGAUGCAGGCUCUACUUGUGUGGUUCCAGGACUGAAGGGCUUCUUGCACGUCUUGACCGUCACAAAGCUGGAGGACGACGCGCGCGUCUGGACCGAGGAGGUCGUUUGGAGAUGAUCAAGAGGUGAUGGGAGACUGAUGAAAUCGUUUAUUAGGGAAAUUGAGAAAAUACAAACAAAAACACUGGAAUGUGAAAAGGACUUUUUAAAUAAAAAGUAAAUGUUCCACA